AGUAAUAAAUUAGAUUAUAAAAAACUUAGACUUUUUAAAAUUAUUAAAAAAGUCUUACUAGUUAAUUAUAAAUUAAAAUUAUUAAAUAUAAUACGAUACUAUUUUAUUUUUUAUAUUUUAUUACUCGAGCUUAUAUUAAGAGGUUUAUAUACGGAAGAUUAUAUUAUUAUUAAACUAAGCUAA